AUGUCCUGCAAGGAAAAACUGAAAGACCUGAUGUUGUGUAACUUGAAAGGGAAGACUGAGAGAGGACAAGAGACAAUCUUCAGGUACAGAACUUUUAAAGGGAGAGUGAAAAGUAUGUCCUCCACGCUCAUGGCAGCUGCUGAUUUUUCAAUCUGGCUGUCCCGAGCGGAGACCUGGCUGCGCAGCAGCGGGUUGGGCUGCUGCCUGUGCGGGGCGGGCCGGGAGGAUUUCCAGAGGAUAACGGGGACAAUCUUCACAUCCUACCAACUGGAAGAGCUGGAAAAGGCCUUCAAUGAGGCCCACUAUCCUGACGUGUAUGCUAGAGAGAUGUUGGCCAUGAAAACAGAGUUGCCAGAAGACAGGAUACAGGUCUGGUUCCAGAACCGUCGGGCCAAGUGGCGAAAGAGGGAGAAGUGCUGGGGCAGGAGCAGCGUGAUGGCAGAGUACGGCCUCUACGGUGCCAUGGUGCGCCACUCCAUCCCGCUGCCUGAGUCCAUCCUCAAGUCUGCCAAGGAUGGCAUCAUGGAGUCUUGCGCCCCUUGGCUCCUGGGGAUGCACAAAAAAUCUCUGGAGGCAGCGGCUGAGGCAGGAAGGAAGACGGAGGUGGAACGCCAGGCCCUGCCCAAGCUCGACAAGAGCGACAAGGAAGAGAGGGGCCCAGAUCCCAAAACCACCAUUUCCCAGGAGGAACUGAGAGAAAACAGCAUUGCUGCCCUCAGGGCCAAAGCUCAGGAGCACAGCACCAAAGUCCUGGGGACCAUCGCGGGGGACACCCCAGCCCUGGGCAGGAAGCCAGAGAAAGGGGAGGAGGCUGCGGCAGAGGACGAGAGACAGACGGAGAAAUCAAACUCAUCACAGAAGGAGGAGAAGCUGAUCUAGGGGGGGAAGAGAUGAUGGAAACCAGCCCCAAAAGACACUGUCUCCUC